AUGACACAGCCAAGAUAUUUGAGGGCGGAAGGGAAGGAGUCAAGGUACAUUUCUGUGUCAAGGAAUUCAGGCGCGUUUAAAGCUACAAGGAUUCACUCAGCAAUUGUCAAAGGCAAACAAACCUCACUUCCCUGUGAGGGACAGAAUCUGAGUAAGUUUGAACACAAUGGCCGCGAUGGGCCUAUAAUGGUUUAUGCUGAAGAAGCCGUAUACAACUACCAUAAGUUUGGACACUAUAAAGUUAUUAUGGCACUCAAACCGGUCGAUAGUCUUCGCAAUCAGUUGUUCUUUGCGAAGGAAUCUACAAAACACAAGAAAGAGGUGCUAAUAAGUAACAAAUCUUCGCACCUCCCUGUUAAACAAGCACCGAACUUUAAGGGAACACGAACAGACGGCAGAUUUCUCGACAGCAAAACGGCUGCGCAACUUCGAGAACGAAAGACACAUCUGAAACCUACUUCGCACUCGAACCCGGACUCGUUCGAAGAACUAAUCGAACGAUACAAAACUCGCAGAGCGGCCUAUGAUGAUCUCAUGGGAACAGGACACGUCGAAGUCUUAGACAAACUCGACAACUUGUACAGGCAAAGAAAGGAAGAGAGGUUAAAACUUUUGGCGCAGUUUAGCAACCUUGGAGAGAUACGAACUGAGAUAAAUACAUCGACGGGUUUAAGAGACCACGCGGCAGAUUUAGAGAAGGCAAGUAAGGAAACAAAGGAGACUUUAAAACUACCAAAGAUUCGAGUAUCUACAGUGUCCGAAUUAUCCAAGAACGACUCGCGAAGAAAGCUAGAUAGAAAGCACUUGCUUGUCCCGAGAGAAAAAGUAGGGGGUACUUCGUUAAGAGCGCGCAAUGCGAACUUAGAGAGUGUCACUUUUAAGUUACCGGAGCUCUAG